UGUUUACCGACUUAUAUUAGGCACACUUUCCAUAUAUUAAAGGAGAAUAUGAAAUUUGAUCAUUUUUUCGUGAAAAAGACUCGGUCGAGCACCUCACGCACUUAUUCUUUUGAAAUUAAAAACAAUACAAAAUUCAAUACAUUUAAAGCGCACAGAAAUGAAGUUGUUUCUCCUUCCGUAUUCUUUCCUCCAAGAUUACAUGUACUUAUUUUCUCUAUAAGAACAAUUUGUAAAGAAUAAUAAUAAUAACGAUAAGGCUAUAAAUUUUUAACCAAUAAAAACAAAAAGCACAAUGGAAAAUAUAAAGUUGUACCAAUUUUCUCCUUGUUUCUAAAAAACAACAUAGGAAGUAUGUUUCAAGGCAAAUUCGUUAGAAUCAAUUAAUACAGUUCAAGUCUUAGAAAUUUGUAAUAAAGUGGAAAAUACCACGCCCAGUGAAAUAUUAAAAACACUGGUAUGACGAGUAUGUACAAUACAAGAGUAUAAAUGAGACAGUUAUAUUAAAGAUUACCCACAUAGUAGUAUUUAAAAAAGAAGUAAAAUCUUUAACCCGAUACCUUUGCAAUUACUAUACAAAAUUUUGAAUAGUUUAUGAUAAAAAAGUUAUUAUAUAAAAUUUAAUGAUUCAGGCAUAGUAACUUCUCAAUAAGAUACGACAACAAACAUCACAGAAAGCGCGUUGCAAAAGAGUGUAAUAAACCUAGACGAGCAGGGAGUUCCGAAGGGUAUAUGGUAUACCAAAACAGUUCCCUACAGGAUCGCACCUGAGUUCAAUGCAACAGAAAAAGCGAAAAUUGUAGCCGUCAUGGAUUCUAUUUCGAAGAAUUCUUGUGUUAAAUUUCAAGAAAUACCACAAACAGAAACUAAAACUCAUCAUAUUCGAAUCGUCUCAGGAAUUGGUUGUCACGCACAAGGUGUUGGUCGAGAUCCGUUACGCUACAAGGACUUUCAGAUAGUUUCCUUACAAAAAGAUUUAUGUUUUGAGUUGGUUCCGGGCACCAUUGCACAUGAGUUGUUCCAUAUAUUGGGAUUUACACAUGAAAUAAAGCGACCGGACCGUGACGUAUACGUGAACAUUAUGUGGGAGAAUAUAAAAGACGUGAAUAAAAAUGAAAAACAAUAUGAACGUUCAUCGCAGGAUAGCGUUGAAUUUUUUGAUGCUCCAUAUGAUUACAACUCUAUUAUGCAUUAUAAAUGGUAUUAUGGUACAAUCAGAAGUGACAAACCGACGAUUGUUCCAACUUCGUUUGACCUGCCAUACACACAGAUCGGACAUUUGGAUAAACCUACAGAAAUGGAUUAUCGCAAGUUAAAUCUCUUAUAUGACUGCAGAAACAACGACAAUCCAGUGAGCUCCUGGUCAAAAUGGGGUCCAUGUCUUGCAUGCCCUGAUCAACGUUUCAGAAGAUUUCGUCAACAGUUUUGUUCACAUGAAGAUAUCAGUAAAUGCUGGCCAGACGUUCAGAAACGGGUGAAAACCGAGUCAGAAGAUUGUGAUGUAACGCUUUCUAGGGGUGGACUUCCAAGAACCAAAAUAGGAUCGUGGAACAAAUGGACAACCUGGUCUAUUUGCGACGCAUCUCCCGGAGUAAUUUUUGAAUCACAACACAGAAGACGCGAUUGUCCGGACAAACUAAAGUGUUGGGGCUCUAAUACCCAAUCAAGACCAUGCAGAAACGAUGGAACAGUUCGAGGUCCCGAAGAUUGUACAUUUGAACAGGGCAUUUGCAAAUUCGAAGACGAAAGCACCAGUAAGAAAUACUUUUGGAACAGCAAAAUUGGUAGAGGUGAGGUUCUAAGAGACGGACCUCUAUUUGAUCAUACAACUAUGGGAGGUAAGAUAUAACAUUGAUAAAAACCGCCAUAGAAACACACAAAAAAAUUAAAAUAGACUUACAAACUUAAGUGAGUUUUAAAGAUACGGCAAAUGCACAAUUUAUUUCAUAAAUAUUUUCAGAACAAGGACUCUUCUUCUCUUAUAAUGCUAUAAUAUA